AUGUAUGAUGUUGAAAUAACAACUAAGUCAGAUGAUGAGAUUCUUUCAUUAAUUCGAUCAUAUUAAUAAUAAGGAUAUUAGGUCUGGUUAUAAAAAAGAUGCUCAGAUAAAUUUUUGAUGCAAGCCGAUUACAAUGUAUGAAUAAAAAUUAGAACAUAGUCAUAAGGAGUAUUGGAUAUGGAUAAUUCUAGCAUAUUUAAAUGCUAAAAUAUUGAUCCUAAACAGUUUAAUGAUCAAUCAGUUAUAUGUAGCAUUAGAAAGAAUGUUGAAGAUGGUCAUAAAACUAGUACUAUGGAAAUUAAAGACACAAUGCUUAUAUUUCCAAGAAAAACAUAAACUGACCUAUACAGCUUGUUAAGUCCAAAACUAAAUUCAGAAAGAGAGGAUUUAUUUCGUGGAUUUUAUGAAAAAUUGAAAGAAGCCUUACAUUUAGAAUAGUUCGGAUAAGUGAAAGAAUCUAUUGUAAUAAUUAUCUAUUAUCAAAAAUUAGGUUUUGUUGUAAAACUUAGUAAAUGAACUUGAAAAUCAAUUGAUUGAUUCAUAAAUAUUGCAUUUAAUACUCGUUGAAAGUUUAUUGACUCUUGGAAUACUGAAUGCAUAAAUAAUGAAAUAUUCAGAUGCAAAAAUGUAAUAUUAAUAUUAAAAAAGGUGUCUAGAGAAAUGCUUAAGAUUAUUCGUUAUAAAAGAUUAAAUCCUUUUAGCCUAAAUAUAUCGUAAAUUAGGCUAAUAUUCCCAAUCUAUUUUUAGUUAUUAAAAAUCUAUAGAUUACUACAAUUAAGCCUUAAUUAUAUAUGAAAUAUACAAUCUGAAACCAGAAAUAGCAAUUAUAAUGAUGUCAAUAGCUGUUAUAUAUUCAAAAGUAAAUUAAUUUGAAUUAGCAUCAAAUAUUUCACAUCAUGCUUUAAAAAUCAAUGGAACUGAGAUAAGUAAACAUACAGCUAAUCUUUAUUCAAUGUUAGGAGAGAUUUAUUACAAUUCGGAAAAUUAUACAGAAGCAUUAGAUUAUUUUGAUACUGCUUAUGAUUUACAAUAAACAAGUUUGGAUGUACAAUCUCGAAUUAGAACAAUAAAUUAUAUUGCAAGUUCUUGUUUUCAUUUAGGAGAAUAUAAAAAAGCUUAAGAGUUAUUUGAAGUAGCAUUAAGUUAAAUUGAUGAUAAAAAUUCACUUCUUGAAGCAUAAUUAUUAAAUAAUUUAGGGAUCACAAAAAGUGCAUUGAAAUUAGAAAGCAAAGAAGAAUUUGAAAAAUCCCUUAAAAUUUUCUUAGAUUUUUAUCCAUAACAUCAUCCUUCUGUAAAACGUGUACUCCGAAACGAUAGCCAUUGA